AUGUAUCAGGAGCAGCAGGACGAGGAUGAGGACUAUGUGUUUGAAGGCCCCAAGAGAUGCGGGACUGUCGCCAUUCUCGGGGCUCCUAAUGCUGGCAAGAGCACUUUGCUGAAUGCGUUAGUUGGAUCCAAAGUUGCUAUUGUGACCCACAAGCGUCAAACGACAAGGAACAGCAUCAACGGGAUCGCGAUGGAGGGAGGAACACAAGUCAUCUACAUCGAUACACCAGGUAUCAUGGCGCCAAAACCCAAGCAGAGGCUGAACAAAGCCAUGGUGAAGUCCGCCUGGAACAGCGCUCGUGACGCUGACGAGAUCUUCUUUCUGAUCGACGCGGACAAGAUUAUCCCCGGGGGGACUGGGCCUGGGAGAACUGGGAGAAAAUCUGCUCCUUUGACUCUUCCGGUUGAUCCGGAGCGUUUGAAAUUGCGUGCUGGAACCAACGAGGAGCUGAUCAUGUCGAGAAUCGAUGAUCAAGAAAGUUUUGCGGUGAGCGCCAAGACAGGAAGAGGACUGGAUGCCUUGAAGGCCUACUUGAAGGAUAGCCUCCCUCUCGGACCAUGGCUGUAUCCUGUUGAUCAGAUCUCGAACAUUCCAAUGCGCAAUCUAGUGGCAGAAUUCACGCGUGAAUCCAUCUUCUUGCGUGCUCACGAGGAGGUUCCCUACGCCUGCUACGUGGAGACGGAGUCGUAUGAGACGCAGCCGAACGGGAGCAUUCGCAUUGAGCAGACAAUUUUUGUGGAGACGGAGGGGCAAAAGAAGAUUCUGAUAGGCAUGAUCAAAGACAUCAGCACAAGAUCGCGCGUGGAGAUGAUGAAGUUCCUCGAAUGCACAGUCCAUCUGUUUCUCAAAGUCAAGCUGAGGAAAGGAUGGACGGACAACAACCAGGUCAUGUACGACCGCCUCGGCCUCGACUUCAAUGCCUGAGGUGCCGCCCAUCCUGUUGCCUUCACUUUCACCAGUCGGUCUAGUAAAUUUUCAAACUGUUUCGAUCAGAAUCGCUUCGAUCUCAGGACAGCCUGCCGCGCAAAGGGUGCCCGAU